AUGAUCAUAUCUCUUCAAAAUAAUCUGAGUCAAGCGAUACUGUUGAUCAAGAAAGUGACUCUGGUGAAGAACAGACCAUCUGAGGACGGUAGCGAGAAUGGAUCCGACGAGGGCGACUUGGAAAGCAAUAACAACAGCGUUUUCCCAUUGGACCAAAACGCUUUAGCGCGAAUUCAUUUUGUGAAAGCUUUGAAACCCGCUCAGGAGCUAGUUGAGCGACUGUGGCAGGACAUCAAUACCCAAGAGAAAAAAGUGGUUGGCUUAGAUUUCAAAACUGUUACUGUGGGUAUCGAUGGCGAAUUGUUCUUAUCCUUGUGUGUCGUAGCUACGCAAUCCCAAAUUGGUGUCUUUGACCUUGCCUCGAGUGAUGUCAUCAUUAUGGAAAGUGGUCUCAGGGACAUAUUGGAAAGCGACAAGGUCACAAAGGUGUGUUUAUAAAA